GCAACCGCGAGUAAGAGCUUGGAAUACCUGUUACGGAAAGAGUGAAUAGAUUUCCCCUCUCGCUCUUGUCGCGUUGCCUUAGUCUGUCUUUCUUUGGGAAAACUGCCUCUUAUUAGUGUUUAUUCGUGUGUUUAAUCCCUCCCCGUUUCGCUAAGAAGGAAGUCCGUAGAAUGAAGUUUCGUCUUUACUGAAAACAGCGUGGAGAUACAUAUAUCUAUCUUUUUUUUUAUUUCGGGAUUUGAUAUUCUCUCUUUUUAUUUCUGAAGAUACGUUUUUUAUUUACUUCAAGAUGUACGAAAGGGAAAAGACAGUGAUGCUGGGAUCCUCUGCCUCUCUGCUUCCCAAUAACCUGUGCCGACUCAGACGCAACGGCAAGGUCUGGGCCGGCAUCGUGCACAGAGACAAGUUGAACAUUGUGUGUGCUUCCGAGCCUGAAGCUGAACCGAGGCAGAUGGGAGCAAACAUUGGCUCAUCAAACACUGCCACUAUAUUGCAGGCCGCCUGGGUGACUCUCCACGGGCGUGAACUCUUGGUUCUGGCAACGGCGGCGGGCGUCCUCAUAUACGAGUGGGAUGGAUCUGUGCUUCUUCACGCCCAUCUGCUGCCCACACCGCCCGCAGACGCCUCAUCCGCAUUUACACGAGGGAUUGCUGCACUGUACAGCGGCGUUGUGUGUGUGGGCGUGCACACAGGCGAAAUCCUCACUUUCCCUGUGACCGAAGAAGGCACGGUAGGAGAGGGGGAGAGAGUGAGGUACCACGCCCGUCCUGUGACCGCCCUCGCCGCCCAUGGCCUCGUCCUGGUCAGCGCCGACGACCAGGGAACGAUUGUGGUGGCCGAGGACGUGGAAGGACUGAGGAAAAUGUGUCUGAUUGAGACCUAUAAUGAAACUGCCGUGACGUGUCUCAAAGCCUGGGCAGGUCAGAUCGUGGCGGGAUAUCUGUCAGGUCACAUCAGGAUAUUCAACCUUCAUGACGGCAGGAUACAGGCUGAGGUCUGCGCCCACGUGCGAGCGGUAUCUGGCCUGGACAUCGCCGUGGAGUCGGGUCUUCUGAUCACGUCAGCGGAAGACACUUACGUCAGGGUGUGGCAGCUUGGCAAGAUCGACGUUCCUAUCGAGCAUAAGUACAGUUUCAGCGAGCGAGACACGUCCCUCUGUGGCGUGGCGUUCACAGACGAUCUCGGGGCAGGCUACCUCACUACAGGCUACGAUCGUCUCGACCUGCUUUGCUACGCUAUGUAA